GGAACCUACCAAGAACCAACUACAGUGGGCUGACUGAACAUUCAAGAAUGUCGCUUACAGUAGCUCUUAAAGCAAAGCCUAUUGCUUAUAGUGCAAUUGCUUUUUCUGAAUUUGUGAAUGCUUCUGGCCUAGCUCAUAUUGCUACUAAAUUCGAAGAUGUCAAUCUACUCGACAAUGCCGACAAGGAAAGUAACGUUGCUGUUGAUUUAGACGGUAACAAGAAAGAGUAUGGAUCCGAAAAAGUCGUCGCCGCUUUCCUCGAAAAGUUCCCUGAUCUUUUUCUGGGAAAGAAUGAAGCAUCGUCCGUUCAACCCUGGAUUGAGUUAGCAGCUGCCUUGGCUCCUUCUCAUAACUUUAUGGAAGUCUCAAAUAUGUUGGCGCAAUUAGAUGAUCAUUUGAUUAUGCGCACUCUUUUUGUUGGUUAUUCUUUGACCAUUGCCGAUAUGGCCGUCUGGGGUGCUUUAAAGGCCAACAAUAUGGCUGCUGGUGCCGUCCGUACCGGCCAAUACCAUAAUCUUGCCCGUUGGUACAGAUUCAUGGACACUCAGAAGCCUUUUGCUACUGCCUUGGAAAACUUCACUAAGGCUGUUAAUGCUAGCAAGAAGCAAAAAUCUUCUGGUCCCAACUACGAAAUUGGUCUUCCAGAUGCUAUAGAUGGAAAGGUUGUUACCAGGUUCCCUCCUGAGCCCAGUGGUUACUUGCACAUUGGUCACGCCAAGGCAGCUCUCUUGAAUGAGUACUUUGCCAAGAAGUAUCAUGGUAAACUCAUCGUUCGUUUUGAUGAUACCAAUCCUAGCAAGGAAAAUGUAGAGUUUCAAGAUGCUAUCUUAGAAGAUGUUGCUUUGCUUGGUAUCAAGCCCGAUGUCGUAACCUACACCUCGGACUACAUGGAUCAUAUUCAUGACUUGUGUAUCGAAAUGAUUAAGUCUGGUCAAGCUUAUGCUGAUGAUACCGAGGUAGAACAAAUGCGUGCUGAAAGAAACGAGGGUAUUCCUAGCAGAUACCGUGAACGACCUGCCGAAGAAUCUCUUGCCAUUUUUGCGGAAAUGGACAAGGGAUCUGAUUUAGGUUUAAAGAACUGCAUCCGUGCUAAAAUCUCCUAUGAGAACCCUAACAAAGCCCUUCGUGAUCCCGUAAUUUAUCGCUGCAAUCUUUUACCUCAUCAUCGUACCGGUACCAAGUAUAAGGCUUAUCCUACUUACGACUUUGCUUGUCCGAUUGUUGACUCCCUCGAAGGUGUCACCCAUGCUUUACGUACCACCGAAUAUCGUGAUCGCAACCCCAUGUACCAAUGGAUGUUGAAGGCUAUGAAUCUUCGCAAGGUCCACGUUUGGGAGUUCUCUCGUAUGAACUUUGUCCGCACCCUCCUUAGCAAGCGUAAACUUACUGCUUUAGUUGACCACGGUUUAGUUUGGGGUUGGGACGAUCCUCGUUUCCCCACUGUUCGUGGUGUCCGUAGACGCGGUAUGACCAUCGAUGCUUUGCAACAGUAUAUUAUCUCUCAAGGUCCCAGUAAGAACAUUCUGACUCUUGACUGGACCUCUUUCUGGGCUACUAAUAAGAAAAUAAUUGAUCCUAAUGCUCCUCGUCAUACCGCCGUCGCAGAAGAAGGUCUUGUGAAGGCAACUCUUACUAACGGUCCUGAGGCUGUUUAUACUAAAGAACGUCUCAAACAUAAGAAGAAUCCUAGCUUGGGUAACAGAAACGUUGUUUAUUCUCGUGAUGUUCUGAUUGAACAAGCUGAUGCUUCUGCUCUUAAGAAGGACGAAGAAGUUACUUUGAUGGACUGGGGUAAUGCUUUCGUUAAAGAAAUUACUCGUGACGAAUCCGGAAAGGUUACUGCAUUGAAGCUGGAACUUCACUUGGAAGGUGACUUUAAGAAAACCGAAAAGAAGGUUACUUGGUUAGCUGAUACUCAUGACAAGGUACUCGCUGACCUUGUUGACUUCGAUUAUUUGAUUACUAAGGAUAAGCUUGAGGAAGAUGAUGAUUACAAGGAAUUUUUAACUCCUCAAACUGAAUUCCACACUUCUGUUUUUGCAGAUAACGCUGUCAAGGAUUUGAAAAAAGGAGAUAUUGUCCAGAUUGAGCGUAAGGGUUAUUUCAUUGUGGAUACUCCGUUCGAUGGCAAUGGUAUCACUUUCUUCAAUAUUCCUGAUGGUAAAACUGUCAACCGUUACGGAUCGAAAAACUGAUUAGAAAAUUGCUGUACUAGGAUAUUCUUUAAGUUAAAAAGAUAAGGUUUUGGUUGUACACAAUUUCAAAUAUUAGAUUCAUAUAGAUAUUUAGAUAAUUCAUAAUUAUUCGCUCUAUAGAAAACAAUCUAAAUGUAAACUAACAAAAAUGCCAAAAAGUAAGGGCCA